UACAACCAACCAGAGCAACGAAAAUGGUGACGUAGUCAGAGCGACGGAAAUGAGUCACAUGUGUUCCGCGUGGAUACAUCACAUCCAUGGCAUGGUUAUAUUGUGGAAAAGUAGAGAGGAGAGACUCCUGUAAGACAACAAACGUUAUAGCAAUGGAGCCCAACGACUGUUGCCGUUUUUGCGAAAAGAAUAUGAGAAUUGCGGGCGUGCUUACACAUUCAUCAAGCAUCUUCGAAAAACAGAAGAAACCCCAUAGUAUUGCCGAGAGACUACUGCAUGUUGGAGUGGCGGUAGUUAAAACACCGGCAAAGUCGAACAGAAUUUGUCAGCGGUGUCUCACCCUUUUAUCGAGACUUGAACGUGACCUGCCGGUGUACUGGAGAUGGGUGGAGGAUGAAGAGAACGAGGAAGCCUCCGCAGUAGAAACGAUGACAGGUCGUUCAGGUAAACGAGACUGUGAGCCUACUCCGUCGAAGACACCCAGGGCUUUGAAAAAGUUCUGCCAUAACCCUGCAAGUCCUGGAAGAGCUAUUAUUCGACGCAGCAUCACCGAGGAAGACAUCAAAGCGGGAUGUGCUGCAGAAUUGAGGCUCAAAGAGGAAGAAUCAAUCCCGACUUCGCGAGAUCAAAGUGUAAAAUCAGAAACUGGCACCGCUGACAGUUCCUGUGGAAUUUUGCCUCCUGUAAGACACGUAGCCUCCCAGACUGACUCCUCAAAGAAAACAUUCGACACACACCUAUCUAUGCAAACUCUGCAGAAUCAAUUUCGAAGUAAAGCUACCCAGGUGAAGAUGCCCAGCAGAGAUUGCGGUGUGGGCACCGACACCUUCCCCUUGGACAGUCCACUACUGCUCCUACAACCAACAUUAGUAAAGAGACCAUCCAAGAGACCUCGACUCAGCCUUACAGACGAGGAGGAAGGCCCUACAGAAUCUAGCUUGUCUGUGGCCGUUCAUGAACCAGAGGACUCAAACAUGACUCUGUGGACUCAGUCACUGUCGUGGGUUAAAUGAACAUGAUCAGGGUCAAACAAAGAGUCAAAGAAUUGAUUGAAAACUUUUGGAUGAAAGCAGACUCUCAGAAAGCAUAUGGGACAAAUUGGGAGCUUCUAAAAUAUGAGUUGGGGAAGUUUCUCAGGAAGUUUGGUGGUGAUUUGGCAGUUGAAGACGAGGUUAUUGAGCAGCUAGCGUUUCUUUCUCAACAAGAGUCUAUCUAAUGAUGAAAGAUGUGAAUAUAAGAAAUUACAAAAUAAAUUAAUGACAUUUAUAAAUCAAAAGCUAAAGGAGCCUACAUAAGGUCAAGAAAACGAUUGAUGGAAGAGGGUUAACAAAAUUCAGUCUACCUCUUUACACUUGAAAAGAGUAAAAAUGUAAUGGCUACUGUGGAUUAAUUAAAGUGGAGGGAAAAAUUAUUGAAGAUCCAAGAGACUUAGCCGUCCACUGCUAUAAUUUCUAUAACAAUCUAUACGCAUCAAAUUACUGCGAGGGAACAACUAAAUCAUGUAUGGACUCUUAUCUUGUAGAAUUAUAUCCCCAGAAGACUACUGUGAUGAUAGCAUAUUCCAAGAGGAGAUGUUGAAGGCGAUUUUAAAAAUCUCAAAAAAUACAAGGGCCCAGGGUGUGAUGGUAUAACUGCUGAAUUGUACAAAAUGUUUGAUGAAUUACUAACUCCCUUUCUGGUAAAAAUUUUCUCAGAGAGCUUAGAGAAAGAAGCUCUCCCAACAACUAUGACGCAGGGUGUCAUCACAUUGAUUCUGAAACCAGACAAGGACAGAAACUGUCUAGAGAAUUGGCGUCGGCUAUCGCUCUCUUAAAUAACGAUUACAACAUGUUUGCACUAGUUUUCGCUAAUAGACGUAAAGAAGUGUUAGACUCUAUUAUAGAUGAAUCACAAUCUGGGUUCAUGAGGAAACGACAUAUUGCAAAUUGCAAAUAAUAUUAGAUUAGUGCUGGAUUUAUUGGAUUAUAAUGAGUUUAUCACUGCCAACAGCUUCAUUCUGUUCCUUGACUUUUAUAAAGGCGUUUGACUCGCUUUAACAUGGUUUUAUCCUUAUUUAAACAUAACUUCUCACCUCGUUGAUAUUACAUUUGGCUUAUUAAGGACAUUUUCUUCAAAAACAAAUCUUUAUUUUUUGAAAACUGGUACAGGAAUAAUAUUUUACUUGUUGGCCAACUCUAUGACACAAAUGGCAGACUGUACAGUUAUUCUGAUUUUUUAUUUUUUUUUGCAGACAUUUCAAAUUCCUGUUUUGGUUAGGGAAUAUGCAAUUGUCUUUGAUGCAAUUCCUUCUGGAAUCAGAAUGCUGGGCAUUAAUUUCCCUUGGCCACUGACUCACAAUAUGGAUUUAUCUGAUACAGCUGUGGGGAGUUUAUGCUUUUCAGUGGUGCACCGGACUAAAAAUAAAACAAUUAGGACUCUAUACCAAAAAUAUAUUGUUACUAUUCCUUAUAUAAUCCCAUAUUGGAACAGUUUAAUAGAGACUGUCCCUUGGAAAAACAUUUGGUCUUUGCCUUUCAAAUAUAUGCUUACUAAUAAAGUGAGAGAAGUUACGUUUAAA